GCUAGGCCAUCGAGUUUGGUGAAACCGGUGGCUUUGAGGAAGCUUCCAGGCAGAUACCUCGCCCACCAAGAGGGCCUGCCGUCCCUUCCAGUUCCGCCACUCCAGCAGACCUUGGAUCGUUACCUGUUGGCGGUGCAGCCCAUCAUCAGCGAGGAGGAGCUGAACCACACCAGGCAGCUGGUGGAGGAGUUUCGGAGGCCGGGCGGUGUCGGGGAACGCCUGCAGAAGGGGCUGGAGAGGAGGGCUCGGAAACAUGAGAACUGGCUCUCGGACUGGUGGCUGAAAACGGCAUACCUGGAGUAUCGUCUCCCUGUGGUGGUGCAUUCGAGUCCUGGCGUGGUAUUGCCCAAGCAAGAUUUUCAGGAUCGGCAAGGCCAGCUGAGGUAUACCAGCUUCCCGGUUUCUAGCCUCUAUGAUACAUCUGACGAUCUUGAGACGCUUCCCGUGGAAUACCUUGGCGGAAAACCUCUCUGCAUGAACCAGUACUACCAGAUCCUCUCUUCCUGCCGCAUCCCCGGCCCCAAACGGGAUUCCGUGGUGAACUACGCAAAAGGAAAGAAGCCCUCCACCCACAUCACCGUGGUCCACAACUUCCAGUUCUUCGAGCUCGACGUUUACAGGAGUGACGGCAGUCCUUUGACCACCGACCAGAUCUUCCUCCAGCUGGAGAAGAUUUGGAAUACUUCCCUCCAAACCAACAAGGAGCCCAUCGGGAUCUUGACCACAAACCAUCGCAACAGCUGGGCCAAGGCCUACAACAACCUCAUCAAAGACAAGGUCAACAAAGAGUCCGUGCGCUCGAUUGAAAAAAGCAUCUUCACCGUUUGUCUGGAUGCGCCCAUGCCCCGGGUGUCGGACGACAUCUACAAGAGCCGUGUGGCUGCCCAGAUGCUGCACGGCGGGGGGAGUCGUUGGAACAGUGGAAACCGCUGGUUUGAUAAAACUCUUCAGUUCAUCAUUGCAGAAGACGGCUCAUGCGGGUUGGUGUAUGAACACGCUCCUUCAGAAGGUCCGCCGCUCGUCGCCCUGGUGGAUCAUGUUGUGGAGUACACGAGGAAGCCUGAACUGGUGAGAUCUCCCAUGGUUCCCUUGCCGAUGCCCAAGAAGCUCCGAUUUAACAUCACCCCGGAAAUAAAGAAUGACAUUGAGAAGGCAAAACAGAACCUGAACAUCAUGGUGCAAGAGUUGGAUAUCAAAGUGCUCGUCUUCCACCACUUUGGGAAGAAUUUCCCCAAGUCAGAGAAGAUCAGUCCAGAUGCUUUUAUCCAGGUUGCUCUGCAGCUGGCGUAUUACAGGAUGUAUGGGGAGGUCUGUGCCACUUACGAAAGUGCCUCUCUCCGGAUGUUCCGCCUGGGUCGGACAGACACGAUCCGUUCUGCCUCCAUAGACUCCGCUGCGUUUGUGGCAGCUAUGGACGAUUCUGGCAAGCAGGACCAGGAGAAGGCGGAACUGUUGAGGAGGGCGACCCAAGCCCAUCGAGCGUAUACCGAUCUGGCGAUUAACGGCAACGCAAUCGACCGCCACUUGCUGGGCUUGAAGCUCCAGGCCAUCGAGGACCUCGUGAGCAUGCCCGAACUCUUCAUGGACACGGCCUAUGCGGUCGCCAUGCACUUCAACCUCUCCACCAGCCAGGUCCCUGCAAAGACGGACUGCGUCAUGUGCUUUGGCCCGGUUGUCCCAGACGGCUACGGCGUUUGCUAUAACCCCAUGGCUGAGCACAUCAAUUUUGCUAUCUCGGCCUUCAACAGCUGUGCUGAAACCAACGCUGCUCGGCUGGCGCACUACUUGGAGAAGGCCCUGUUGGACAUGAGGCUGCUGCUCCAGUCCAGCCCCAAAUCCAAACUUUGAGAGAAAGAGAGAUGCAGUGGAAAGCCAGGCCAGGAUGUAGCCUUCAGGUCUGCGUGCAGUCCCCCCACCCGCCCACAAUCCGAAGGGAGCAGGCCCCGUCCUGGGUCCGCCUCUGCAUGUCCCUCGGAUUGCAAAGAGAAAAAGAAAUCGGUGGGAUGAACAGAGAUUAGGGAAACACUUCUUCAGAAGUGGCGGGCCGGCACUUUCUGUUUCUUGCUGUGGAAAGAAGAAUGUAUAAAAUGCCUCCUUCCUCCUAGAAGCUGACUCCUGCAGAAGGCUGCUGGAGAAAUCGUUUUUGUGUGCUUGAUUUCCUUGCUGUUGAUGAUAAGCAGAUGGAUGGCUUUGAGGCUUCCUCUGGGCUUUUCUGCUCCUCCAGAUUCUUCCGAGGGUCUCUGGGGGCCUUGGCCAGGCAGUUUUGGGCCUCCCCAGGUAUGCUUAGGGCUGUCAAAUGGGGGGUAAGGAAAUCCCGUCCUGUCAAGAUCAGUUUUGGUGGUCAUCUAGACAGAGGGUCCAUCCAGCCUCAUCUUUCCCAGGAGUUGCGUUCUCUGUGCCCUUUCUCCACCCUUAGUCUUCCCACUCACGCCCUGCCACAAUCUGCCCUUUGGAUUGCUGUGCUGUUGAAAAAUCUGUUGCGAAGCCUCUGUCAGUGUAACGGCUUCUUUUUGGUAGUUCUGGCAGCUCUGGCAUUGGAUCAUAAAAAUAAUUUUGCUUCAAGAACAAGCAGACUUUUCUUCUGGCUUCUCUCCUGUAGAUUUCUGGUUUAGUUAUGGUUUUUUGAGGCUCCAGUGUGUGAAUAUCAGCAAGGCUUCUUGUUUCUUUGGUUAGGCUUCCAAACAGCCUGGGCAGCUGGCAGAGGAAGAAAAAAAAUAUGGGAUACUUUUACACGGAUCGAUACUGACCCCCGUUCAGUGCCAUGGACCCAGAUUCUGUAAACUGCUACAUCCUUCAAUGUCAGGGUUCCUCCAUUUCCCCGGGCAUAAAACAGCGCUGUAUUUGUGCUGCUUUUUGGUUUUAAUUUGUCUGUAAAGUGACAUUACAGUGGAAUUAUGCACAUUUGUGCAUCUGUUCGCAAAAAGAAAAUGGUCUCUGCUGAUGUUAACGAUACAGCAAUGCUGCCCCAUGCAGCCAUUAAUCGUGUGGGGUAAUUAUUACUCUGAGAAUGCCUGGAAUGUGAAUUAUGGGAGAAAUUUAAAAUUUGGCUUUUCAGCAGCCGAGCAAUCUGGCGCAUGUGGCACCUCAAUCCGUAGGAUGCGUUGUGGGCGGUGGAAGUAAACGUUUUAGGAGAGCCAGGGGAAAAGCUGGUUGUUUUGGGUACCCUAGGAUUUUGGAGAGAGCGUUGUCUAUUCUGGAAAACUUGUGGGGCUGUCCGAGUCACAGUUACACUCUUCUAAAUCCACUGGAGUUAGUGGGCUUAGAAAGAAAGCAGCUCUGUUUAGAGCUGCAUGUUAAUAGCAGAACUACACCCCCAGCACCCCUGGUUAUUGCAUAGAUCUGAAAUCUGGGCCUUUUUUAGCGUUUCAGAUUUGGGAGUUCACAGCCUGUUCAGAAAAGUUCUGGAUGCACAUGUUAUUGGUUGCAGUGAAGACCUAGCAGAGUUUUACUUAAUUACUGAGUUGAACUACUGGCCAUAAAAGGAUAUUGACGAUCUAGGGGUUCCCCCCCCCUUUUUCCUGUAUUUAAAUCCCUCUGAUGUAAUGAAUUGAGAAUGUCAGCCCAGCCAUUUACAGCUAUGAGUUUUCUCCAACACCUUUUAUGAGAACCAAGCCAGAUGUUGAGAGAGAAUUUUUAAAUUCAGUGGCUACAACUAUCAUACUCUGUGGGGGUUUGUUGCUUGCUUCUAAACUAACAUCUGAACACGCACAUGGAAGCUCAUAGCCAGAAUUAAACUGUGUUGGUCUUAAAGGUGCCACUGGACUCAAACUCCUAUCGCUUCAGACCAACACGACGACCCACCUGAAUUAGAUCGAAUGCUGAUUGACAGUGGUUACACCCCAGUGAUGGCAUUUCAUGGUUGCAGAGAAUCUUUUCCUCCCAAGCCUGGGUGGGUCUUCCUUCUAGGAAAGAGAUGCCAUGCAGUAGAUUGUUUUUUGGUAUCAGACGAAUGACACUGUGCUCUCCAACAGACAUACAGUUCGUGGUGCUGCUG